GCCCUGAACCCAAAUUACAAACCCUAGAAACCUAGAGUUAGCAGUCAAUAUAUUUGUUAUAUCACAAAUUCAAAACCCUAAUUUCAUUUAGCUCCGCCUCAGAUAUUUCGUCUCGGCAGGCAUGGCUACCAAGCAGCCAAAUACCGGCCUCUUUGUAGGACUGAACAAGGGUCAUGUUGUGACCAAGAAGGAGUUGGCUCCACGUCCCUCUAUUCGAAAAGGAAAAACAAGCAAGAGAGUCCAUUUCGUGAGGAGCUUAAUCCGGGAAGUUGCUGGUUUUGCACCAUACGAGAAGAGGAUCACCGAGCUUCUGAAAGUUGGUAAGGACAAGCGGGCUCUCAAGGUAGCUAAAAGAAAGUUGGGAACUCACAAAAGGGCUAAGAAGAAGCGUGAGGAGAUGUCAAGCGUUCUUCGCAAGAUGAGGGCCCAUGGUGGAGGUGCAGAAAAGAAGAAAUAAACCUUUGUUUUCUCCGUUUCUGUCUGUUCGCUUGUUCGCUUUUACGAGCAGCCAGUGGUUUGUUUUGCAUAUGUUUUGUUCUUUGUUGCUCGAGAUUGAAAUCUGUUUGAAAACUUGUUUAUUCGAAUUAGAUAUGAGAGAUUGGAAGAAGUAAUUACUUCAAAUUUUUGUUUU